GAGAAGAGAAUGCCAGGUUACAUAGCGAGUACUGUUUUGGACUUGUGUUUUGGGGUUGUGUUGCGUUGUGGCAGAGUUUGGACAGGGUAAAACGCAAUAAAAAACCUACAGGACAUCUAAAAUGGCGUUCGCAAAGUUUAUGAACAAGAAGGAUUUUCAUCCUGGUUCUAAAUGGAACAUAAAAAAGGUUUGGAUGGCAGAGCAAAAAGCUCUCUCUGAGAAAACUAAAGAGCAGGAUAUGGCCUAUCAGUACAAAAAGGAACAGGAGAGAUAUCAAAACAGAACAAUGAUUACCAAGGAUGAGAAGUUAAAAGCUGGUCUUGGCUUUAUGUAUGAGGCCCCACCAGGCUACGAGAAAGAUAAACUGCCAAAGGAGAAAGAAGAGGAACCAAGAUUUGAAUGGCAGAAGGGAGCUCCAAGAGAAGCGUAUGCGAAGGACCUUAACCUAGCUAUAAGAGACCAGCCUUUUGGAAUUCCUGUCCGUAAUGUCAAGUGUAUACGUUGUGGGAAAUGGGGACAUGUCAACACUGAUAGAGAGUGUCCAAUGCUGAACAAGGUGUCUGUAGCAAACUAUGACCCAACAACAUUUGCAGAUGUGGCGGAUCCGGCUCAACUGAUGGAAGAUAUGCGAAGCGAUGGACUGGCCCUAAAGCAGUCUGUUCUUGGCCGAACAUUCAACCCAAAGGACCCUAACCAACAAAUCCUCGCAUCUGAUAACGAGGAGGAGGACCCAGAGGCCGAGUUUCUAGCCUCCCUCACGGACAAACAGAAAAGAAAACUUCUCAGGAAGCUCGAUAAACUGGAAAAACAAGAACAAGACGGGGAGGAGACAAGGCUGCUAAAGAAGGAAAAGAAAAAGAAAAAACAACGGGAACGAGCUUCGGAUUCGAGUGACGACGUCUCAGACGACGAGAGACAGCGUAAGAGAGACCACAAAAGGCGGAGAAAACACAGAAAAGAAAAAAAAGAACGGAUUCCUGCGUCUAGCGAUUCAUGCCUUUCUGAUGACGAUAUGCAUAAGCAUAAAACGGAAUCCGGCCGCAAAGGAACGAAAGAACAUUCUUCCCACGGAAAGUCUAAAUUAGACCACUCUGAGGCGAAAAGACACAGGGAAGACUCGAGAGAUCAUAACAAGGCGGGCAAAAGACACAGGGAAGACUCGAGAGAUCAUAACAAGGCGGGCAGGAGGCAGUCAAAGAAAAGAUAUAAAAGGCACUCUGAUAGUGAGAGUGGGGAGGGAAGUGGAGAUGAGCGACGUCAUCGCCACUGACGAGAGCUAAACCAAUCAGAACCAGUCCCGCCAAUGACGUCAUCGCCACUGACGAGAGCUGGACCAAUCAGAACCAGUCCCGCCAAGGACGUCAUUGCUACUGACAAGAGCUGGACCAAUCAGAACCAGUCCCGCCAAUGACGUCAUUGCUACUGACAAGAGCUGGACCAAUCAGAACCAGUCCUGCCAAUGACGUCAUUGCUACUGACAAGAGCUGGACCAAUCAGAAUUUCUUGAAUCACUGGAUUGUAUUUUUUCGACGUUUCGGCAAUGCUGCCUUCAUGUGCUGAUACAACCAAGUGUAUCAAGAAAUUUUUAUAGAUAUAUAAGCAUAAGACACUGCGCAAUGUAAUUACUGCGCAGGACCAAAAACACUACACGUUAUUUUCCGAUUCUCACUGGUACGCAAUAGCAAACGCAAGAGAACGCAACUGCUUGAUUUUCUUGCGCUUGUGUUUGACCGACUCACUUGUGUUGCUCUUGCUUCCAAGUGAGAACCAACCUUUACAUAAACUGUAUAAUGACGUUAACGCCACUGACGUGAGCAAGGUAGCCAGACCCAGUCACUUCAACGAUGCCAUCGCCAAAAACGCAAGCUAGACCAACCAGAACUCUCACGACUAUAAACUCUGUUGCAACACAAACAACUACGAAUUCACGUGAAAAUCAUGACUACGGCAUUUCACAGAAAAAGGACAUCUCGAAAAUAGUUAUUACUUUAGGUGUUUUCUUAAAAAUAAAAUAAGUCACCUUU